AUGGUCUAUCUCGGGAAACCGUCCAAAGGCUGCGGGAUGUGCCGCCAGCGGCGCAUCAAGUGCGACGAGACCAAGCCGACGUGUAAUCAGUGUGCCAAAGCCCGCCGACAGUGUCCUGGCUACCGUGAUGAAUUCGACAUCGUCCUGCGCAUCGAGAACCAAGCUGCCCGACGACGCGCCCUGAAGCUGGGGAGCGGUCGUAGGAGAAAGAAUGCCUCAACGCCAUCAUCUACCAGCAGCGACGAUGCCUCAUCCUCAUCAUCUAGCUCCCCACCCAGUUCGACAUCUUCCAUCUCGGGGCCCAGAACACAGCUAACUCCCACCGAACGAAACCUCUCCCUGACCCAGCAACUCCAGCGCCGAACACCCCCUCCAUCUGUCCCAGCCAACCUCUCCCUCCCCCUUGAAGAAGUCGCCCGCUGCCACUUCAUGGCCAAUUUUGUGCUUCUACCCGGCAAGAAUGGUUCCCACGGCUUCAUGGAGUACCUCAUCCCCUUACUCGCCGAGUCGCCCCCCCUCUCUCUCCUCCCACCAUCCCCCCCGGCCUCACUAUCAUCAAGAUCUUCCUCGCCGACAGCAACAACCAUCAACCCCUAUGUACCGUUCCAACACGCCUUUAAUGCCUGUGCCCUCGCGUGGCUCGGCAACCGUGUCGGCCGCCGAACCCUCUUACCAAGCCCCGUCCCAUCCCCGCCGCCACAUCUCUCAGCCGAAGAGAGGGCCACAACCCCAGGCCAGCUGAUUGGUCGUGCAUUUGGGGAAUAUGCGCGCGCGUUGAGGGCGAUGCAGACGCUGUUGAAGCAUGAUCCGCAACGUGCAGCAGCGAGUGAUGCGGUGCUGGCGUCGGUGCUAUUGCUGGAAUGGUGGAUGAGCGCCGGCAUCGUCGACAGCACCGCAGCCGAGUGCCAGCGCUUGAACCUCGAAACGGGCGAGCUGCGUGCCGAAGCAACUCGUGUCAUGGCCGCCGCUGUCGAACGUACCCCUGCCACGACAGCCUAUGUCCAGUCCAUCCUUGAGCGUGCAAAGCAGCUCGACGCCAGAGUCGCUGAAUGGAUGCGCAAUGUGCCGUUCGAAUGGCGGUACGAGACCAUCUGGCCGGAGAACAUACGCCCGCUAGGCGGCAUGAGCAUGGCCGACCUGGCGUGCGCAGAGGUCUUCCCUGAUCUGCGCCGGGGCGUCGAUGUUUACCGUGACUUUUCCACGGCCGCGAGCUGGAACCUGGCGCGCACAACGCGCUUGAUUUUAUGGUCUAUUGCCGUGAGGUGUGCGGCUUGGAUUGGAAUGCCGCAAGUUAGGGACUGGCGGCAGACCGAGGAGUAUCUCCAAGCUAAAGAUGUCGCGAGCAACAUGGUUGCGGAUAUUAUUGCUAGCGUGCCGUAUCAUUUGCGUUGGAAAGGGAUUAAUUGCAAGCAGGACCUGGGGUUUGCGGUCGGUAAUGAUGAUGCCCCUGGAGUGAGGGGCUUGGGGGCAUAUUUCUUGACUUGGCCGCUUGCGUGUGUCAUGACGCAAGACUAUGCUACUGAGGAGCAGCGUGCCUAUGUCCGCGGUAGGCUGAACUAUAUCGGCGAUGAGUGUGGCAUCAAGUAUGCCCAUAUCUUAGCACAGCUCAACUUUCGUAUCCCGUCCAUGCUGAUCCGUUCCGACGGACUGAUGGCAAAGCCCUUCCCCAAAGCCUAUGACUUCGAGAAGUUGGUGUCGGCGCCUCCACCGCAGGCGCAUUCCAUGCUAGUUGGGCAAGCAGCUGCGCCGGGAGAACAGACGCAGGAUCGGCUCGCUGCGCUGGCAGCUAUGGCGGUGGGGCAGAUGGGACCGACAGAGGCGACAUAA